AUGACAAAACGGGCUAUCGAUAAAAAUUGGAAGGCAUUAUUACAGUCAGGAGCAGUCACACAUAACAAGAAAAAGAAAGAACAAGUGAACUAUGAGAAGAAAACAAAAGAUGGCAAAAAGACCAUUUGGUUCGACGUCGACAAGUCGAUUUUAGAGCAGCAUGAUGCUUUGAUGCCUUCGAAAGGGAAGGCUUCAAGUUUGAAGAACAAAAUUGUUGCGAUUGAUUGUGAAAUGGUGGGGAUCGGCUUUGGCGGGAAGAAAUCGGUCUUGGCGAGAGCGAGUGUUGUUUCGGGCGACGGGGAAGUGCUUAUAGACGAGUUUUGUCGGGCGCCGGAGAAAGUGACAGACUACAGAACACUUGUAUCAGGAGUACGGCCCAAGGACCUCAAGGACGCGCAGCCAUUUGAAUCAUUGAGAAAGAAAGUAAAAGAAGCUCUCGCUGGAAAGAUUCUUGUUGGCCACGGUCUUUCAAACGACUUGAAGUGCUUAAAGAUAAAUCAUCCUGCUGCAGAUAUAAGAGAUACAGCUAAUUAUUUCAAAAAUGCGAAAGGAUCGAAGCAAAGUCUCCAAACAUUAGCUUCUGAAAGGCUUGGGAUAAAAAUCCAGACAGGGGAGCAUUCUCCUAUUGUUGAUGCGCGAGCUGCAUUGAGAAUAUACCUCCAAAGCAGAAGAGAAUGGGAAGAAAAGCUAAAGAAAGAAAAACAACCAAAAAAGGGAAAAAUAGACAAAGUUGAAGAGCACGAAAGCGGGGUGGUCGACGAACAAGAAACUGAAAAAUCUGUAUAA